AUGAUUAACUUUGCUUUUACAACCGGUUCCAUUCCUCAUGAUUGGAAAACUCAUAUUAUUAUACCCAUUCUAAAAUCUGGUAAAGACCCUUCUUCAUCAUCAAGUUAUCGCCAUAUUGCUAUUUCAUCAACCUUGUCUAAAAUCAUGGAGUACCUCGUAAAAAAUCGACUCGAGUGGAUUCUUGAAAAUAGAGGCAUUAUACCAAAGAGCCAAUUUGGUUUUAGAAAAGGUUUUAGCACAAUGGAUAGCCUUAGCAUUUUAGUAUCCGAUAUAAGACUUGCCUUCUCCAAUAACAAUUUUCUGGUAGGCGUUUUUAUUGAUGUUUGUGCGGCAUACGAUAAUGUUGUUCUCCCACUGCUCAGGCAAAAAAUGCAUCAGCUGAACAUUCCUGAGAGAAUAACAAAUUUCGUAUCAAACUUACUUUCACAUAGACGCAUAUUAGUCCGUUCUGAAGGAAGAUUUUUACCAGCUAGAUUUACCUGGAAGGGACUACCACAAGGCUCUGUCUUGAGCCCUUUGUUAUACAGCCUUUACACUCAUGAUCUAGACAGAUCUGUGAAUUACUUAGGUAAUGUCCUGCAAUAUGCAGAUGACAUAGCUUUGUUUGUAACUGAUGCCUCUACUGCCAAAGCUACCUCCCGUUUAUCCCAAGCUGUCAACUAUCUUAAUAACUGGCUGUUUGAGCAUGGCCUAUCAAUAUCUCCUUUGAAAUGCAGUACUGUGGUUUUCUCUAGGCGAAGGCAAAUACCAGAAGUGUCCAUAUAUAUUGAAAAUACCCUAAUCCCCACUGAAAAUCAGGUACCAGCUUCAGAAAACAACUGGAAAACAUUAAGUAGUGGAUUUGAAACUCAUUGGAACUUUCCAAACUGUUGUGGUGCCAUCGACGGCAAACAUAUUUUGAUACUAGCCCCUCCAAAUUGUGGCAGCGAAUAUUUCAGCUACAAGGGCUCGAAUAGUAUUGUGUUAAUGGCAGUUGUCGACUUUAACUACAAGUUUCUGUACAUCAAUGUUGGUGCCGAAGGAUCACAAUCAGAUGGUGGUAUUUUUAAAAAUUGGCCGAUUUCAGAUGAAUUAAAAAGAGGACUUUUGCCUGAAGGAUUAUUCCUACUUGGUGAUGAUGCUUUUCCAUUAAAGCCAUACUUAUUAAAACCAUAUAAAACUUACAGAGGUCCUUUAACAAUACCUGAAAAAAUUUUUAACUAUCGUCUGAGCCGAGCAAGAAGAAUUGUGGAGAAUGCAUUCGGUAUUUUGAUGAGCAAGUUUCGGAUAUUUGAUGGAAAAAUAGAUUUGAAACCUUCCACAAUUCGCAAACUUGUGUUUGCAGCCUGUUUUAUUCACAACUGGCUGCGUGAAUCAUCGCCUUAUUAUUUGCUAGCAAGUGCGGUCGAUCAAGAAAAUAUACAUACUGGAGAAAUUAUAUCCGGUAGUUGGAGAACCGAGAUUGAAGAAUUGCGUAAUCUUGAGAGAUUUAGGAGUAUUCAAAGCACCAAUUUAGCUAAGAGAAUACGUGACCGAAUGAAGGACUAUUUCAACAACGAUGGAGCUGUACCCUGGCAAUAUCGUCAUAUAUCCUAA